AUAAAAAGAAUUUUUGUUCAAACUAGUCAAAAUGGAUCAAAUGUUACCGAGUCCAGGGUUCAGUAUUCCAAGUAUUGGAACCCCAGUACAUCAACCUGAAGAAGAUCAGCAGAUCAUGCAAAUGCCUCCGUUGCAACCUCAAGGCUUGGCCAUGAGUACAAGUAGUUUACCAACUCAACAGCAGUCAAUAAAUAAAAUAUACCAAACAAAUAAUAUGGGAUAUGCAACACCUCACAGUAUGAUGCACUCCACAACACCAGUACACCAAAGUAUGCCAUCUUUGACAUCUAUCAGUUCAUCAUCUUCUGUUGUACCAGCCUUACAAACCAUUCAAAACCCAGCAACUCCUGCUCCCAUGACACCCAUGACUCCGGCUUCAGCUGAUCCAGGAAUUGUUCCUCAGCUUCAAAAUAUAGUGUCAACAGUUAAUCUUGGCUGUCGACUUGACCUGAAGACAAUUGCUUUACAUGCUCGUAAUGCUGAAUUUAACCCUAAACGAUUUGCAGCUGUGAUCAUGAGAAUACGUGAACCACGUACUACAGCUCUAAUUUUUAGUUCUGGCAAAAUGGUAUGUACCGGUGCCAAAAGUGAAGAAGAUUCAAGGCUAGCUGCUAGAAAAUAUGCUAGAAUCAUUCAAAAACUCAGUUUUCCAGCCAAAUUUAUGGAUUUUAAAAUUCAAAACAUGGUUGGCAGUUGUGAUGUAAAAUUUCCUAUUCGCCUUGAAGGAUUAGUACUUACUCAUGGCCAGUUUAGCAGUUAUGAACCAGAACUAUUUCCUGGACUUAUUUACAGAAUGGUCAAACCACGUAUAGUGUUAUUGAUUUUUGUAUCUGGAAAAGUUGUAUUGACAGGUGCCAAAGUACGACAAGAAAUUUAUGAUGCUUAUGAUAAUAUCUAUCCAAUAUUAAAAAGUUUUAAGAAAAACUAAAUUGAUAUUAUAUUGAAUAAAUAUUUUCAAUAUUUGUA